UCUCCACAGUGGAUGUGCAGGCAGAGAACAAUGGGUAGAGCAGGGAAGGAGCAUCCAGCUGCCUGCUUGGCUGCAGCCGUUUUGCUGAUGUGUUCUUUAGCGCCGCCUGCGGACUGCCUCGGCCUGAGGAAGUCGCUCAGACGAGUGGCGACGAGCGAAGCUGGGGUCCGAGAAGGAAAGAUUGUGUUUGGGGAUGUUUUUAAGGUCUUAGCUGGAACCGGAAAAACCUCUUCAAAUGCUUCAGUGGAUGACGAGGCCGAUUAUCAGGCGGACUUCGCAGGCUGGUCCAAGCACACGGACAUGGAUGAACCUUCCCAGGAGAAAUGGAACAGCUUGGCUACCUCUCUCCAUUGUUUUGGCGACCACAUGAAGUUCAGAUCGCUUGGCCCAGAGGCUUCACACCUUUCAGUGAUGCAAGCAAAAGAGCACCCGGUGCCUCUGUCCAUGCUCCCUCCAAGAUGUGGCUACAGAAUUCAUGUGAACACCAUGCUGUUGAUCAUGAUUGUCCCAUACCAUGGCUGCCACAUGCUUCAGCAGGGUGGAAACUACGUGCUGCCUCUACUCUGGCAAGACCAUCCACUGUCCCUGACAUGUCCUAAAUGGCCCCAGGUUCCGCAGGCGCCCCAGGUUCCGCAGGCGCCCCAGGUUCCGCAGGCGCCCCAGGUUCCGCAGGCGCCCCAGGUUCCGCAGGCGCCCCAGGUUCCGCAGGCGCCCCAGGUUCCGCAGGCGCCCCAGGUUCCGCAGGCGCCCCAGGUUCCGCAGGCGCCCCAGGUUCCGCAGGCGCCCCAGGUUCCGCAGGCGCCCCAGGUUCCGCAGGCGCCCCAGGUUCCGCAGGCGCCCCAGGUUCCGCAGGCGCCCCAGGUUCCGCAGGCGCCCCAGGUUCCGCAGGCGCCCCAGGUUCCGCAGGCGCCCCAGGUUCCGCAGGCGCCCCAGGUUCCGCAGGCGCCCCAGGUUCCGCAGGCGCCCUACUUUGACUUUUAUUCUCAUCUUUUCCCUUCCCUGACUGAAGCUGCACCACAAUAUAAACUCCCCUUAUACCCAUACCCACCUCAAACAACUGCCCCACCUCCAACUAAAGCACCAAUUCCCCUUCCUCCGUAUUUUCCCUUGCAGAACUGGCAGCAGUUUCCAGAACUCCCACCCUUCUUGCCUUACCCAACUGAAAAAUAUCCAGUGGCUCCAACUUCAAGACCAAAGAUGACCCCUAUUCCCUACACCACUACAGCUUCUCCUGCUACACAGGAAAGCCAAGACUUUUUUAACUACUAUUCUUACGAACUUCCUUAUCAAUCUCCAGCAGCGUCUCCUACUUCAGAGCCUAAAGUCCCUUAUCCCCAGAUUCCUUUUGACCCAUAUUUCCCUUGGCAACAGUGGCCUCAAUUUCCAGUAUUUCCUCCCACCUGUCACUACCCUCCUGGAAAAUGUCCCAAGGUAGCCAUGACUCCUCGGUCUCCUGCACAGUGGUACCCUAUGGACUACCCGCCACUAAUUCCAAAUCAGGAAAGCUUUGAACAAAUGUUUUAUCCUCGACAUGGCUAAAAUAAACAUUUGAACUGCAAA